AUGCACAUUAAGGAGGAGGAACCCUGGAGCAGUCAGGAGGGAGAGCAGUUUCAAGGGUUUGAGGAGGCUGAGGCCACCAUGUUCCCAUUCACUGCUGCCAUUGUGAAGAGUGAAGAGGAUGAAGAAAAACCUCAGCCUCCACAGCUUCACCCAAAACCAAUUCAAAAGAUGGAAACAGGAGAUGAUGGAGAAAUCUGUGGAGUUUCAGAACCAGCUGGAAACUCAAAUCCUGUGAGUGAUAACAGGUCAGAAGACUCCUCUGAGACUGAUGAUGAUGAUGAUUGGAAGGAGACCAGAGAGGAUCAGUCAGGAUUAAACUCUGGGAAAUUUAUGAAAAGAAGAGGACAGAAAACUGUCAAGAAAUCUCACAGCUGCUCUGAGUGUGGUAAAAGAUUUAACGCUCCAGGGGCUCUCAUCAGACACAUGUUGGUUCACACAAUGGAGAAACCUUUCAGCUGCUCUGAGUGCAGUCAAAGAUUCAACUGUCAAGGGAAUCUGAUCAGACACAUGCUAAUUCACACAGGAGAGAAACCUUUCAGCUGCUUUGAGUGCGAUAGACGAUUUUCACUUAAACAACAUCUGACCAGACACAUGUUAGUUCAUACAGUGGAAAAACCUUUCAGCUGCUCUGAGUGCGGUCAAAGAUUCAAAUCUCAAGAGUCUCUAAAAGGACACAUGUUGGUUCACACUGGGGAGAAACUUUUCAGCUGCUCUGACUGUGGUGUAAGAUUUUCAGACAAACAGAAUAUUGUCAGACACAGAGCAAUUCAUUCAGGAGAGAAACCUUUCAGCUGCUCUGAGUGCAGUAAAAGAUUUUCAAAAAAACAGAAUAUGAUCAGACACAUGUUGAUUCACCCAGGGGAGAAACCUUUCAGGUGCUCUGACUGUGGGAAAAGAUUUUCACAAAAACUGUAUCUGACCAGACACAAAAUAGUUCACACAGAGGAGAAACCUUUCAGCUGCUUUGAGUGUGGUAAACGAUUCAAAUCUCAAGAGGCUCUCAGUAGACACAUGUUAGUUCACAAAGAGGAGAAACCUUUCAGCUGCUCUGAAUGCGAUAAAUCGUUUUCAAAAAAACUGUAUCUGACCAGACACAAAAUAGUUCACACAGAGAGGAAACCUUUCAGCUGCUCUGAAUGCGAUAAAUCGUUUUCAAAAAAACUGUAUCUGACCAGACACAAAAUAGUUCACACAGAGAGGAAACCUUUCAGCUGCUCUGAGUGUAGUAAACAAUUCAAUUAUCAACCGGCUCUGAAACUACACAUGGUAGUUCACACAGGAGAGAAACCUUUCAGCUGCUCCAAGUGUGGUAGAAGAUUUUUACAAAAACACCAUCUGACCAGACACAUGUUAGUUCACACAGUGGAAAAACCUUUCAGCUGCUCUGAGUGCGGUAAAAGAUUCAAAUCUCAGUGGACUCUUAAAGGACACAUGGUAGUUCACAGAAAGGAGAAACCGUACAGUUGCCCUAUGUGUGGUAAAAGAUUCAACCACCAAAGGAAUCUGAGGGGACACAUGUUAGUUCACACAGGAGAGAAACCGUACAGUUGCCCUAUGUGUGGUAAAAGAUUCAACCGUCAAACGAAUCUGAAGGGACACAUGUUAGUUCACACAGGAGAAAAACCAUUUAGCUGCUCUGAGUGUGAUAAAAAAUAUUUUGAAAAAAGGUCUCUCAGCAGACACAUGUUAGUUCACACAGGGGAGAAACCAUUUAGCUGCUCUGAGUGUGAUAAAAAAUAUUCUGAUAAAAGGUCUCUGGCCAAACACAUGUUUGUUCACACGGGGGAGGAACCUUUCAGCUGCUCUGAGUGCUGUAAAAGAUUCAGAUCUCAUAAUGCUCUCAACAGACACAUGUCAGUUCACACAGGUGAGAAACCUCUCAGCUGCUCUGAGUGCGGUAAAAAAUAUUGUUAUAAAAGAUCUCUGGCCCAACACAUGUUAGGUCACACAGAGGAGAGACGUUUCAGCUGCUCUGAUUGUGGUAAAAGAUUUUCACGAAAACAGCAUCUGAUCAGACACAUGUUAAUUCACACAAGGGAGAAACCUUUCAGCUGCUCUUAGUGUGGUAACAAAUAUUGUGAUAAAAGAUAUCUGACCUCACACAUGUUAGUUCACACUGGGAGGAUAAAGAAAACUGUUUAGCUGCAGCGUCUGAGAACAAAAAUUCUCUCAGUCUCAGGAUUAUUCAAAGACUUCAGCGCUUCAUCAAAACUAAUCAGGGGAGAAGGAGGAUGAAGAAACAGGAGCUGAUGGAAGGAUGGAGAACCUGAACAAGUCAGAAAAUGAGGAUUACAACAAGAGACUGUGGAGGAGACUCUUCCAACCCUGAGUCUGAGGACCGGGAUGAUUGGACCUGGACCAGAGACCACAAACAAAUUCACAAAGAAUGGACUGGGGCUGAGAAUGGCAUCAAGAAUUAUUCAUCAUUUCUGACCGUCCAGAACUGCUGAGAGUAACAUCAGUGGUUGUGCCAGGCUCAUUGUAAGAGACUUCAUGUAAAGAUGCAUCAUUUCCAUGUCUUUUCAGAGGUGGUCUUGUCGGUAUGAUCAUUGAACAGUUGGACCACAUAUACACUCACCGGCCACUUUAUUAGGUACACCAUGCUCGUAACGGGUUGGACCCCCUUUUGCCUUCAGAACUGCCUCAAUUCUUCGUGGCAUAGAUUCAACAAGGUGCUGGAAGCAUUCCUCAGAGAGCUUGGUCCAUAUUGACAUGAUGGCAUCACACAGUUGCCGCAGAUUUGUCGGCUGCACAUCCAUGAUGCGAAUCUCCCGUUCCACCACAUCCCAAAGAUGCUCUAUUGGAUUGAGAUCUGGUGACUGUGGAGGCCAUUUGAGUACAGUGAACUCAUUGUCAUGUUCAAGAAACCAGUCUGAGAUGAUUCCAUCUUUAUGACAUGGCGCAUUAUCCUGCUGAAAGUAGCCAUCAGAAGUUGGGUACAUUGUGGUCAUAAAGGGAUGGACAUGGUCAGCAACAAUACUCAGGUAGGCUGUGGCGUUGCAACGAUGCUCAAUUGGUACCAAGGGGCCCAAAGAGUGCCAAGAAAAUAUUCCCCACACCAUGACACCACCACCACCAGCCUGAACCGUUGAUACAAGGCAGGAUGGAUCCAUGCUUUCAUGUUGUUGAUGCCAAAUUCUGACCCUAUCAUCCGAAUGUCGCAGCAGAAAUCGAGACUCAUCAGACCAGGCAACGUUUUUCCAAUCUUCUAUUGUCCAAUUUCGAUGAGCUUGUGCAAAUUGUAGCCUCAGUUUCCUGUUCUUAGCUGAAAGGAGUGGCACCCGGUGUGGUCUUCUGCUGCUGUAGCCUAUCUGCCUCAAAGUUCGACGUACUGUGCGUUCAGAGAUGCUCUUCUGCCUACCUUGGUUGUAACGGGUGGUUAUUUGAGUCACUGUUGCCUUUCUAUCAGCUCGAACCAGUCUGGCCAUUCUCCUCUGACCUCUGGCAUCAACAAGGCAUUUCCGCCCACAGAACUGCCGCUCACUGGAUAUUUUUUCUUUUUCGGACCAUUCUCUGUAAACCCUAGAGAUGGUUGUGCGUGAAAAUCCCAGUAGAUCAGCAGUUUCUGAAAUACUCAGACCAGCCCUUCUGGCACCAACAACCAUGCCACGUUCAAAGUCACUCAAAUCACCUUUCUUCCCCAUACUGAUGCUCGGUUUGAACUGCAGGAGAUUGUCUUGGGCAUGUCUUCAUGCCUAAAUGCACUAAGUUGCCGCCAUGUGAUUGGCUGAUUAGAAAUUAAGUGUUAACGAGCAGUUGGACAGGUGUACCUAAUAAAGUGGCCGGUGAGUGUAUGUAAAGUUACACUUGAAGGGUUUUUAUCUGGAUUGGAUGUUUGAUGUUGUUUAGGUACCUGAUUAAAGCAUCACUUUAUCC